AUUUUUUAGUUGUUCUGCAAAUUUUGUGAAGUGAGAUCUACCAACCUAGAUGUCCAUCUGCACGAAACUCACGUAAUGCUCGUUGACGGAAAAGAAGUUUGUGGAUUCUGCAGGACUAUGGAAAAGCCUCCUGUUAUCUGCUUGAAAGCUCAUAUGUGGAGCAUAUAUAGAAUUCAAUACCGUCAACAGAGUAAACCAGGUUGCCUCAAGCAGAUACAUACGAAAAGGUUGAGCCAGUGUAAAUCCCCCAAAUCUAGGAAAAAUGUUGCACCGAAGAAAUGCGCGAAAAAGCAGAAAACGAUGAGCAACAAACUUCAGAAGGAAGAAUACCAAGAUGUAAUGGUCUUUAGUGACUUGAUGGAGAUUUCUGACUUCGAGGAUAGUUCUGACUCAUCCGGUAGCGAGAUUGACGAGAUAGGGGUUGAGCUCUUCUCUCCUUCAAAGUUCCUUGAGGUUGUUUCUGAUCUUGAUCUCAGGGGAAGCUAUUUUUUAAUAUUUGAAAUUCAUAAAAAUAAACUUGUGUAUUGAAGAGCACAGACAAUAUAUAAAUAACAUUAAAAUUGCCAAUGUUCAUAUUUCGUUGAAUUAUGUUUUAGUUUAAAAUGUACAGUGUUACAAAUGUAUAAAGAAAAUUUUUGUUUUACAUAUUCAGAUAUGCUUAAUUCUUGAUAUGUGAGAUUAAGAAAUAGUGUUGUUUGUUUGUUUUACAAUUAUUUUAUUAGAAAAUUCGUAUUUUACAAUGUAUUGCUAUUUCAGA